CUUGGACAGAUCCAUAAAGCAGCUGCUGAGUGAAGAUCUGCAGAGGUGACAGAAGAAGUGCAACCGAGUCCAACAUGAAUGCUGCAAGUUACAGAGACUGCGAGGCUUGGAAGGCAGAGGCUCUCCCACUGACCACCAGCAGUAAUGAGGCGUGCAAACUAUAUGACGCUGUUCUCAGUCAGUAUGUGAAAUGGAAGAAUGAUGAAACCCUGGGAGGAUUAGAAAGAAGCAUUUCUGCUCUCAAGGCUGCUGACCCGAACUUUGUUAUGGGUCAUGUGAUCAGUACGGGGCUGGAUCUGGUGUCAACUGGAGUCUCCGUCAGGUUGGAUCAGCGUCUGGCUGGCGAUGUGAAGCGAACAGUGGAACUGGCAAGCAGCCAGGGCCUCAGUCCCAGAGAGAGGCUCCAUGUCCAGGCAAUGGAGCUCUUCUCACAAGGAAAUUUUCUCAAGGCCAACAUCAUAUGGGAGGACAUCCUGCUCGAUCACCCCACUGAUAUGCUGGCUCUGAAGUUCUCUCACGACUCGUACUUCUACAUCGGAGCCCAAAACCAGCUGAGGGAUUCUGUGGCCAGAGUGCUGCCCUACUGGAAGCCGCAGAUGCCUUUAUACAGCUAUCUGAAAGGAAUGUACUCCUUUGGUCUCCUUGAGACUCGUUUCUAUGACCAAGCUGAGAAAGAAGCCAUGGAGGGUCUCGCUCUAAAUCCUGGAGACGCCUGGGCGGUGCACUCUGUUGCACAUGUGUGUGAAAUGAGAGCGGAACUGGAUAAAGGCCUAAAGUUCAUGGAGAGCAGAGAGAAAGACUGGAAGGUAUGUGACAUGCUGGCCAGUCACAACUAUUGGCACUGGGCUCUAUACUUCAUUGAGAAGGGGGAGUAUGAAGCCGCUCUGGAGAUUUUGGAUUCCCAGAUAAUCAAACGCUGUAAAGCAUCAGGAUCCAUGUUGGACAUGGUCGACGCCAGCUCAAUGCUCUACAGGCUGGAAAUGGAGGGUGUGUGUGUGAAGGACCGUUGGCGAGAGGUGCUCCAGGUUACUGAACCUCACACUGAUGAUCAUGUGACCCUGUUUAACGACGUCCACUUUCUCAUGGCGUCCCUCGGAGCCAAACAGAGCGCGACUUCUCAGCGUCUGCUCGAGGGCCUGCAGGAAUUGGCCAAAAAGCCUGGAGACAACUACCAACAUAAGCUGGCUGGAACCAUCGGUGUUUCAAUGUGUCAGGCCAUGAUGGAGUACGACCAAGGCAACUACAGCCAGGCUGUGGACCUACUGUACCCUUUGCGCUACAGCAUCGUCAAUAUGGGAGGCAGCGAUGCACAGAGAGAUGUCUUCAAUCAACUUCUCAUCCAUGCAGCCGUGAAAUCAGAGGAUAAGCACCAACAGAAACUGGGAAGAUGUCUUCUGCUGGAGCGUGAUGCCAUGAGGCCGGGAUCCCCUAUGACGAGUCGUCUCAUGCAGAGAGCUCUGGCUCUGCACUAGACCGAUAGCAAGGUGUGCCAGAAGUUCCCAUGCAAGAAAAAUGAGGGAACACCAUAAUCUGAUAUGGCAGGGUUUGGCUUUGAGAGAUUAUUUUACAAAAAGAAAGGAGCUUAUCACUGUCAAGAUUUCUGCAUGACACUUUUUAAAAAGUAGAUCUCAGUGGCCUUUGUAUUCCUGACAUGUGAAGCUUAGCAAGUUAACAUAUGUGAACAUUCCUCCAGGCUUUGGCAAAGUAUUCAUGCUACUUUAAAAGAUUGCAUGCUUCAUAGCACGUUCUUUAUAUGAGUUGAUUCUUUCAGCUGACAAACUGUCAAUCAAUACACAGCAGCAUGUCUUUCUUUGACUGAAUUUUAUUAGUAAACGUCACAUUUAAAAAUAAACACUUUCAGAAAUAAAAUCUUCAUGUCAAGAUCAAUAGUAAAA